UCGUCACUGACUUUUAAGAAUUCAGAUUUUCCACAGAAACACGCACACACACGUUUUCAUCCAUCCAUCAGAUACAGAGAAAGAAGUAGAGAGAUUGUAAUUGGGAAGUUUAUUAAGUUAGUAGUUCUGAUACCUUUCUUGUGCAUUCGAAAUUAUUCUUUCCCUCCCUUCCAUUAUAUUUGCUUCUAUAAAAAAAAUCCAUAAAGCAAGGACAUGCAAUUUCGUUUUGUAUAAAGUUUUCGGUUUUGAUUCAACUGGGUUCUUCAGAAAUGAAGAAGGAAGAUCAAGCAAGGUCUCUGUUUGGGAUUUCUUUGACUGAGAGACCAAUUUGGCAACAGUUUCUCAUAUGUUCUUCCGGGUUCUUCUUUGGUUAUCUCAUCAAUGGCAUUUGUGAGGAAUAUGUAUAUAAUAGGCUCCAAUUCAGUUAUGGCUGGUAUUUUACCUUUGUCCAAGGCUUUGUGUAUUUGGUACUGAUAUACUUACAGGGGUUCACCAUCAAGCAAAAGGUGAAUCCAUGGAAAACAUAUGUCAAGCUCUCUGCUGUCCUUAUGGGUUCUCAUGGAUUAACAAAGGGUUCCUUGGCUUAUCUUAACUAUCCGGCACAGAUCAUGUUCAAGUCAACAAAGGUUCUACCUGUAAUGAUAAUGGGCGCGUUUAUCCCUGGCUUAAGAAGAAAAUACCCGGUUCACGAAUACAUAUCUGCUGUGCUUCUAGUUGUUGGGCUGAUUCUUUUCACCUUAGCAGAUGCUAACACUUCUCCGAACUUUAGUGUCAUUGGUGUCUUGAUGAUUUUGGGCGCUCUAGUCAUGGAUUCGUUUCUCGGUAACUUGCAGGAAGCGAUUUUCACCAUGAAUCCCGAUACCACUCAGAUGGAGAUGCUAUUUUGCUCGACAUUAAUCGGGUUGCCUUUCCUGUUACCACCAAUGAUUUUGACCGGAGAGUUGUUUAAAGCUUGGAAUUCUUGUGCUGAGCAUCCUUAUGUCUACGGGGUGCUUGUCUUUGAAGCAAUGGCUACAUUUAUUGGUCAAGUCUCUGUUUUAUCACUCAUUGCCAUUUUUGGGGCUGCCACCACUGCUAUGAUAACAACAGCACGAAAGGCUGUGACUUUGUUGUUGUCGUACUUAAUUUUUACGAAGCCUCUUACUGAACAACAUGGUUCGGGGUUGUUACUCAUAGCAAUGGGAAUUAUACUGAAGAUCGUCCCUGAUACUAAACCUCCUAACCAGGCUGUCGGGUCCAGUACUCAGGGAAGAAAUCAUCCGAAAAAGGUGAAGACACCUGAAAAUGGAGCCGAUGAAGAAGAUGAAGAGAAGAGGCCAUUAGUCUGAAUUCACAAACAAGUUAGUUAGCCAAAUGUUGAUUUGUGAUUUUCCUUUCUUUUUGCUACAGUUUUAGGCAUAAUCAUGUGAGGAAUUAAACAAAAAUUAGCCUAUCAUUGACUGGAUUGACACUGAUUAAAAGAUUUUUCACAUUGUAUGGAUCUUUUUGGCAAAUUCAUGUGUAUUGCUUAUUUGUUUAUAAGAAAUUUGUAUAUUCUUAUUCAAAAACAAAAAUA